AACUGCACACACACAUACUUACCGGCCCAUUAUUUACCAUGUUUUUCUCUUUUCCCUCUCGGUUAUUCAAACAGGAAAUGUUUGCUUUCAUGGUUUUACUCAGCCACCUGUUAACUAGAAAAAUAACCAAAUAAAGGCGCCAGUUGCACAGUGACAGUAUUAUCCACGAUGGCAGGAAGCUGGUAUUAUGUUGUCUUAUUGCUGAUCUGUCUAUUUUCCACAACUGUCGUUUUCUCUCGUUUCUGAAGCCCAUACUGCACGUCGAGUUCAUAGGACCGUUUUUAAAUGUCCUUGUAAUAACAACGCUGUGUGUCUCAGAUGGAGUUCGCCUGCAGUCAUGUUGUGUGUAAUUGGAGGCCUGACGGAGCAGCAUCCACAGGUGUUUCUCUUAUCAAACACCAGUUUGACAACACAGCGGCGGUUAAACAACAAGAAGGUCCAGUUCCUCCACCGCUGCCCCCCCGUCGUCUCCGAAAACCUCGGCCCACUUCGCUGCCUCUGCCCCCCCUUUCCUCCUUCCAGCCUCCGCCUGCCCCCCUCUCCCUCCCUCCUCCUGUCCCACCCAGACUGGACAAGGAAGGAGGAGGCCGGCUGGAAGCCAACGUCAACGUCGUCUCCAUCGAUGUUGGAAAACUGGUCGACGUCUGCGCAGCCUCAGGCCUGAAGAGUUAUCAGAGCCCACUGAGUUGUGGGAAAUGUAGUGCUGCCCUGUCAUGUCUGAGUACUUUACAGAGCAACGUGUGGGUGUGCGAGUUCUGUGGGUGUGAAAACGGUGUGAACGACGGUGGGAAGAGAGUGUGUGUCGGUCCGGGCGCAGGUGUGCACAGCGACGAGAUUUACCUUCCAAAUCAGAGUGACGACGACUACCAGAACUUGGAAGACACGCUGGUGGUUUUCUGUGUGGACAUAUCUGGCAGCAUGAUUGUCACUACAGAGGUUCCAUCCAGCAGCGGAGCGCCUACGCACAGGUCCAGACUAGAGGGUAUCCAGGACGCUCUGCAGAGAGCGCUGUCGUCCCUGCUGCAGCAGUCGCCCCGCAGGAGGGUGGCACUGGUCACGUUCAACGAUGAGGUUGUAAUAUAUGGCGAUGGUACUAGUACGCCUCUCACUCUCCGGGACUGGGCGUUGGUUGACUACGACCAUAUAUGGCAACAAAGCGCGGCUUAUAGCAUCCCUCACUGCAUCGCUGAGACGUACGACCCGCUGGUUCAGAGGGUCAAAGACCUGAGGGAGCACGGGGCCACGUGUCUUGGUUCUGCAGCAUUAGCCUCGGUUGCUAUGGCGUCAAGGUACCCCGGGUCAAAGGUGAUCUUGUGCACUGAUGGCAGAGCCAACAUCGGACUGGGAGAGAUGGAGCAGAUCCCUUCUCUGUCCUCCUCUCCCCUUACUCCGUAUUUCUACAGACAACUGGCUCAACGGGCUGUGGAGAGUGGAGUCAUAAUAUCAGUAAUGACUUUUGAAGGGACAGACUGUCGCCUGGCUGACAUCGGGAGACUCGCAGACACCACUGGAGGAAGGAUAAACACUGUGAGCAUUGGUACCGUUGCAACAGAGAUCCGGUCAGCCUCCAUGGACAACAUCCUCGCUACGGGAGUCACGGCAACCCUGCUUGCUCCUGAAGGAGUGUAUUUUCCUUUUGACGAUGAAUACAAUCACAAACUGCUGAGAGAAAUCGGGAAUGUGACCAAGGGGUUGGAGAUAACUAUCCAGUUUGCUGUAAAACCAGAGUUUACAGAAGUUUUCCUCCAGAAAGACACACUUCCAUUUCAACUCCAGCUGAACUUCAAGACCAGAGACCAAGAAAAAGUCACCCGUGUUAUAACUGAGCGACGACCGGUAACUACCGGCAGUAGGAUUUGGGCUGGGAGCCUCAACAUGGCGGUGCUUGGCGUUCACUGUGCUCAACUCUGUGCCAGUUUAACUAUGGAGGGUCGGGUGCAGGAAGCACAGAGGCAACUAAAAGCACACCAAGACCUGCACAAUCAAAUCAGUAAGCAGAGACCAAUCCAAAAAGAAGAGAGUAUCUAUGGCAACUGGAUAGACACCAUGACAACAAUCUGUGACAACAUCACCACUGAAUCACAGGCGCUCUCGGAUCAAGCAGCUAAUGUAAUGUACCAGAUGAAGAGAGCCAGCAGUGCCAACAGCAGCAGCAGCAAAAACACAAAAGAGAUCCAAAAGAAGACAAGGGUGAAGAAAAAGGCUCUUGUGGAGGGAAUGUAAAGAAAUCAACCAUCCACAAAUAUUCAGAUUAAGCCAUGUUGGCUCGUAGCUUUUUUUAGUGGGUGUGGGACUAGAAGGACGUUCAUUGCACACUGUCUUCGUUAGACUAAUAUUGAAAUUUAACACCUGGACUGAAAAGGACAGAGCACUUGGGUGCCCGGGUAGCUCAGUUGGUACAGCGCGCGCCCAUAUAAAGAGAAGAGGGCCAGGGUUUGAUCCGACCUGAGACCUUUUCCUGCACGUCUGCCUAGCACUCAAACUAAAAAAAAAA